UUUACCCAACAUACAUAGUUUAGAAUCAUCAACUUCGAAUUCAACUAGUUCAAGAUUGUCAGCUUCAAAUUCAAGCUCUUUAUUAUCAGUUGAAAUAUCUACUAUCGCCCCUAAUACACCAGCUUAA